UGUCUCUAUUGCGCCCAGUACUUGCCCAGUGGCUCAAACUCAGAUGGGUUGCGCUAAUCCCAACAUCACAACUCAACAACGCUCAGCACACGUCAGCAGGAGUCAACGUCGGAGAACCGGAAACGUAAAGCAAUCCAUGCGCAGGCAAAAUUAGUAUUUGAAAAUAGUGAUAUAGUAGUUUCAUCGGCAUAAUGGACAAUGUUUAAGUCGGUGCAACAGCGAAAGUAUCGUUUUUAGCCUAUUCAGCGACACGGAUGCGUCUAGUUUCGAGGGUUUAAAUGAGGGCACCGGCCUUCCUCCCGAUUGUUGAACUGCAGUAGCCUUUGCUAUCAAACUCCACUGAAGAGACUAUUUCAGUCGAACGCUAUGACACAGUCGGUACAGUCGGAACCUUGGAUUUAUGCUUUCACCAGGAUUUUAUUCGGGUCUCUCACUCAUGUUAUAUCCGCUGGGUUCACUGUGUUCAUAGCAGUGUUGGCUAGACCUGGAUCUAGUCUGUUCUCCUGGCAUCCCUUUCUGAUGACACUAGCGUUUUCCCUGUUCAUGACUGAAGCGGUGCUACUCUUCUCCCCGCACUCUUCUCCUGUCCGAAAACUUUCUCACAAGACCAAAGGCCGUAUCCAUUGGGUGCUGCAGUGCCUGUGCGUCACCUGUGCCUGCCUUGGCCUGAGUGCCAUCUCUUACAAUAAAUACCUGAAUGACAAACCCCACUUUACGUCGUGGCAUGGACUCGUGGGCAUCGUCACAGUGGGAAUUGUGGGGGUCCAGUCCGUAGCCGCCCUACCUUUGAUCUACAUCAAACUGGCCAAGGGUUGGUCGCUGGCUAAGAUGAAGCGCUACCAUGCUGUGACGGGCCUCCUUACAUACCUGCUGGGUAGCGGAAGUCUGGUCCUGGGUCUCUGGUCUGCGUGGUUCACAGGCUCGGUGAAUGGACAUGCCUGGUACUUGGCGAUGCUCUGCCCCUCUUUGAGUGCACUGGUGAUCAUGAGCCAGGUCACUAGUGCGUAUCUGGCCAAGAAACAAAUGCAGUCCUGAAAGAUGUCCAAAGUAUGUACAGGUUGGCUACAACUCGAUUUUUGACAGGGAGUUUUACAAAUGGGUCUCCACAAAAGCAAGGGCUUUUUUUUUUACCUUGUGGAAUCAGGCAUUAUUGUUGGUUUUGAUAAUGUUCAUGCUAGUUUUAGAUCACAGAGAUUUAGAGAUGUCUUUAUCGGUAUCAUGUUUUUCUUACACAUAUUAAGAGAUCUCUGUAUUGACCAUGGGACAAUGUUGUAAAAAACUUUAUUUAUUUUCAACAUGCAUUUUAACAAAGAUGUCCAAUUGCUUUAAAAAAAAAAUCUUUUGUGAGAAAUGCUGAGAAUAGCUCAGAAUGAAGUUACUGUUGUGUAUCUGUAUUCUGUUAAUCUAUUUGUACAGUUUGUUAAAACAGGUUCAUUUUGGUACAGUAAUUAUUUUUUCUAUGAAAAAUAAUUGGUGUCUGCAUAUUUAGGCUGGACUUACAAUUAGCCGUCAUCCUAAAUAUUUUGGUUGAAGGAGCUGCCCUCACAAAUUUUAAAAGGCAUUUAAACAUUUCUCUGUGGCCUGUAUAGCCGAUUCUGACUGUUAACAAAACUGACAUUAGCAACUGAACUUGAAUACAGCAGAGAAGGAUUUAUUUAGUUAAAACAUCAUUUUGGACAUCUCCUCUUGGUUAAACAAGUGAGGCAUAACCCACCCCAGUUUCUCCCCGUCUCUCUCACUUCCUCUGUGGCCUGACACAAGGGCCUGCAGCUCACAGAUUGCUGGUCUUAGACUUACCUCCACAGUGGAGCACAUUCAGAUGACACUAGUGCCCAGUAAAAGGUCACACACACUAGGGCUGGGAGCGCAUGGCUUGUGUUUACUGCAUACACACUCUAAAUACACAGUGCUUAAUUCAGGAAACGUGACGAGGCUUUUGGGGGUUUCGGGUUACCCCAUUUUAUUUCCAAUUUUGAAUGGACAAAUUCAGUAUAAAAUGUGUUGACCUGUGCCGUCAUUCUAGUGUAGUUAUGGGGCUCCUCCUGACAUCCUUGAGUUGUCAGGAGGAUGCUGUGGUAUUUCUCACAAUCCUAACAGGUCCUUUGACUGGGCACGCAUCACCAUCCAAUACCCCUCGGACUCGUUAAGACAAAGAGGGAUCUUUAAAAAAAAUCGGACCAUAAUGUACAAAAAUUAAAAAAAUACAAAUGAAUUAACUUUCCACAAUUUUCAAUAAAUAACUCAGGUAUUGUUUUGUACCCAGAGACAACCAAAAAAAAAACCAGAUAUCGUCACUGGUCAUGUGUAACAAAUGAAUAUCAUCAAUACAUAGAAAAGAAAUAUUUUGAAUGUCAAUGUAACGAUUUGUACUGAACGAUGAGUAUACUUUAGGGGAAAGCAGCCUGUGGGAGGAGUUUGAUAUAACUAGAAAAAAAAAAUCACUUAACUGGCAGACCCUUAAUGGAGGGGUGCUAAGUUCAGAAGCUGCAAGUUUUCUAGCAAUGGCAUGAAAUGCAUCACCAUUACUUGACUGAAAAACUAUUUCCCACAAUAUCUUUAAAACCCUUAAACAAAUAGUACAAAGAAAUAACAGUCUAGACAUUCAUGGUGAUUUAAGGGGGACAGAACUUGCUACACAACUGUAGACUACAAAAACAGAACAGUGUCCCAAUUAAGGCUGAUGUUUAAACCAAAAGAUGUUAAUCCCUCACCAAAAUGUCAAUAAAGGCUAACAUGAAAGUA